AUGGGAGUUGACCAUGUGAAUAUUCUCCCACCCCCGGGGCUGGCAGUUGUCAUCGUUCUCGCAGGUGAGGCGUGCGAGGCUAGCGUUUACGAUGCUCUCCAAGCUGGUUACCGCUGGAUCGACACAGCGUCUGUCUACAAAAACGAAGUGGAAGUUGGUCGAGCAGUGACCCAGUGGUUGGAGGAAAACCAAAGUGGUGGUGGUUCAGAGAGAAUCACGGUGACUACGAAAAUUUCCCCUUAUGAGCUCCUCGAUGCAAAGGCAGCAUCACUGGCUUGCUUCCAGCGUUUAUCAUUGCCGCCUAGUGUGCAGACAGUGUUGUUGGUCCAUUGGCCUGGGGUGGCUCGGAAGCGACAUGAUAUGACCAUUCAUCGUGAAGCACGGAACUCAGCAUGGAAGGUGUUGUGCGAUCUGAAACACGACGGCUUAGUUGAUAUCAUCGGCGUUUCCAACUUCAAUAUUAACCACCUCGAGUGGCUUGCCCAUGAUCUUUCUACUGAGGCGUGGUAUGAGGGGCCCAGCAUUAACCAGGUGGAGAUGCAUGCUAGAUGCCAACAGAGAGCUCUCAAACAGUAUUGUAAGGAGCGUAAUAUCUUGUUGCAAGCAUAUGGGCCCUUCGGGAGCAUAGGAGCGCCACUCCUCUCUUAUGCAAGUCAGCGAUUGGGGUUGGACAGGGCGACUACGGCCGAGCUGGAGAGAGUGUACGGCAUACUCCCACCCGCGAGAUGGGACGAUGGGGUCGUGUACGUCCUUGCAGACCUAGGAGUUCAUCGCUAUAACGCAGCUGAUGGGACGAGGCUUUCCUUUACGAGGUUCCCUAAUGUGAGUCAAUCGGUGGCUUGUGUCUUGGAAGGGGGCCUCGACAGUGUGGCGCUGGCCAAUCGAAAUGGGAUGUCGAUACUGAGUAGUGAUGGUCGCGAUAGACGGUCGCUGGUCCAAGGGCAUAUUUACGUUAUGAGUGGUCUCGCAUGGAGUAGUAGGCUGGGGACUAUAUACUCCUGUGGAGCUGAGGGGACAGUGAAUAGAGCGUUGAAGAUGGAGACAGGCCUGAGGGAGGAGGACCUCUCAGAGGAGCGAUGGAGGCAGUUGGAAGAUAUCGCUGAGACGGGCGUGGAGUCUGUGAUGAGGAAAUUGGGGGAGAGAUCGGGAGGGGAGUUGGCGGCUAUGAUCAACCAGCUUAUGACCGGUGGAGCUACGAUCAUCUCGGCCCAGGAGAUCAACGCUACUAACUCGAGACCAUUGCCGGCGGCCUCGAUGCCGUCUACAGGCUUACUGCCCUUCCCCAAGGAAGUCGAUACGACAACCAUGGGAGGCCGACUGGAGUUGGCGCGGAAUAUUAGAAAUUCGUUAGAAGGCGGAUGCUUGACUACUAAGGAGGAAGAGGACGGGUUGGCUGAGGACUUUGCGAAGGACUUGGGUAUCUAG